GGCUAUUUUUAGGCCGGAUAUGUCUCAUGAGAUAGACAUUUCACCCCUCUCACCUGUGCUUUAAGAGGAUGAGCUAUAUCAUCGGCCUUACAGGUCGCGGCGUAAUUGAAUUGGCAAAACAGCUUUUAUCAUAAGAACAUCAUAAUGGAUCACAUAAAGGCUAUCCCCCUUCUGGUGGGUCUUGGCGUUGUGGUCGGAACAGCCAUUCUGACCAAGUUGUACUUGUCGAAGAAACGCGGUCCCCCUCGCACCCUCCAAGAUCCCACAGUCAAGUACCCCCUGGAGCUGAUUGAGCGGGAGGAAAUAUCCCACGACACGAGACGAUUUAGAUUUAAGCUCCCGACCCCAGACCAUAUUCUUGGUCUUCCCAUUGGUCAGCACAUCUACCUCUCAGCUAGAGUUGACGGGCAGUUGGUUGUGCGGCCAUACACCCCUGUUUCCAGUGAUGAGGACAAGGGCUACAUUGAUCUUGUUGUCAAGGUCUACUUCAAGAAUGUGCACCCCAAGUUCCCGGACGGCGGGAAGUUGAGCCAGUACCUUGAAGGGAUGAAGAUCGGAGAAACCAUUGACGUGCGAGGCCCAUCGGGGUUGCUUGAGUACCGUGGCCGAGGGGUCUUCGCCAUCAAGCCAGACAAGAAGUCUCCACCAAACCUCACCACCGCCAAGAAGGUCAACAUGAUUGCCGGUGGAACCGGCAUCACUCCCAUGCUGCAGCUGGUGCGUCAGGUGGCAAGAGAUGAGGGAGACAAGACACAGUUGGCCUUGAUUUUUGCAAACCAGACAGAAGCAGAUAUAUUGUUGCGUCAGGAGCUAGAGGAGGUCCAGGCCCAACACCCAGAAAAAUUUAAGUUGUGGUACACUGUUGACCGUCCAGAAGCAGGCUGGAAGUAUAGCAGUGGCUUUGUCAGUGCUGAUAUGAUUUCAGAGCACUUGUUCCCACCAAGUGACGACACCCUGGUGCUCAUGUGUGGGCCUCCACCUAUGAUCAACUUUGCCUGUGUCCCAAAUCUGGACAAACUUGGAUACUCACCUAACAUGAGGUUUGCCUAUUAGGAGCUGUUGAAGAAAGAUGAAUAUGGGCAGGCAGGGAUCAGAAAACCCAGCCCAGUUGUUACAAAAAGAUGAAAAGAAUGGAAGGGAUGUUUCCUGUAGUCUCAAUAUCCUAAUCCCUUGCCAAGUAGUCAAGUUAGGAUGUUGAUAUGUAGUGAAUGGCAUAGAGGAUUGUGGGCAAAGAGUUUUUUCAGUUACGAAGAAGCGUCUCGUAUUAAUUUGUUUGUCUCUUGCUUUGCCUUACACGUUUUUGAUAUGUCAGAAGUAUUACUAAAACUAGAGCAAGCAUUGUGACCAAUUCAUUUUUUUUUUUUUUUUUUUCUGAGAAUGAUAUCGGUAUUGAGUUACUUGACCAUCCCUUUGACUGCAAUGUCCGGUUCCCUUGUUAUAGGCAACCAUGCAGCUCCGGCUUGCAUUCCUGUCUUUCUCUUUGUUGUAUGGCAUUUGUAGCAUUAAGUUGUUUAUUGCUAAUGUGUACAACAUGUGAUAAUUUAAAAGAUUUAUUUUCUGUCAUCAUUUCCUUAAUAUUUAAAAAAAAGAAACUCACCUCAAGUCACCUGUCACAAUGGUAGUUUUAUUUUAGAUAAAUCACAGUUUGAAAUAACAUGCAUGUUAUUAUUUUAAGCAUUUAAAUUACAUGUUGUAUUGUUUUAGAUGUAUGAAAUUAAAGUUUGUAUAAAUGUUUGUCUUGUUUAUGAAUUAAUAGAGCUUUGAAGGGAGUAAUGAAGUAACCAGAAGAUUAUAACCUUGUUAGAAUUUGAGUGUUUAAUGUGCCUAGAGCUGGUAAGAAGGAAUUGCAGUGAGAUUGCUGGGUAAUAAAAAGUUCUCAUGACAAA